AUGGGGGAAAUCCACCAUCCCCACGACCAAAACCCUGCCCUCCAUCGCCUGAAUCAAACCCUCCUCCAGAUAGACCCCUAUAUCCUACCUCCCUACCCCAACCUCUCCCUUGUCUCAGGGCCCCUGGACCCACCACUCCUCUCCCUCACGCUCUCCCAACUUCUACGUCAGCAAGCCACACUUCACGCCUCCAGGGAGGCAGUCGUGAUACCAUGGACGGGUGCACGAUGGACUUAUCAAAAGCUAUGGGAGGAGUCGAGUUUGCUGGCACGUGCGUUGUUAAAGCAGGGUGUGAGGCCGAAAGAUCGAAUUGGUGUCAUGAGCGGGAACUGCGAAAAGUACAUUGCGUUAGUUUUUGCGACUGUGAGGGUAGGGGCUGUUUGUGUGACGUUGAACAAUACGUAUACAGCUACGGAGGUGGAGUAUGCGCUGAGGCAUACUAGGUGUACGAUGUUAUUUACCACACCGAAGAUUGCGCGGUUCGACAAUAUGCCGUUACUGGAGAGGCUGGGGAGAGAUGAUGUUGGCGAUGUACUACCAGACCUCAAGAGUGUGUGUUUGAUCCGCGGGCAGUUCGGCGAGUUUGUGAGCUACGAGACUUUCAGAAAAGAAGGAGAAUAUGUGCCGGAGCAGAUCCUAGAUAUCUUUGGUGGUAUCACAAGUCCGCAUGACGUCGCGAAUUUGCAGUUUACAAGUGGGAGUACGGGGAAUCCCAAGGCGGCUAUGUUGACGCAUCAUAACUUGGUGAACAACUCGCGCUUUAUCGGUGACCGCAUGGACUUGACACCCAACGACACCCUCUGUUGUCCACCCCCGCUCUUCCACUGCUUCGGUCUCACGCUGGGUGUUCUCGCCGUCCUCACGCACGGUGCGAAGAUUGUGUUUCCAGCCGAAUCCUUUGACCCAGUAGCGUGUAUGCGCGCUAUUGACGAAGAACGCUGUACCGCACUGCAUGGUGUACCCGCAAUGAUGGAAUCCAUCAUGGACGUUCCGCGACCCGCUGGCUGGACCAGUAUGCUCCGAACAGGCAUUGUAGCAGGUAGCCCCGUACCAAAAUGGCUAAUGGAGCGCAUGGUCAAUGAACUACACAUGACCGACUUUACUUCGUCAUACGGACUUACAGAGGCCAGCCCGACGGUGUUUAACGCACAUACGAAUGAUUCUCUACAUGCACGGUUGACAACAGUAGGUACGGUGAUGCCACAUGCGAGGGUCAAGAUUGUAGAUCGGAACGAUGUUGUUGUGCCAAUUGGCGUGAGGGGUGAGCUGUGCGUUGCGGGAUAUCAAGUCUGUCGGGGUUACUGGGAGAAUGCGGAGAAGACGGCGGAACUCAUUGUUAGGGAUGAGUAUGGCGAGCCUUGGUUGCAUACGGGUGAUGAGGCUGUGUUGGAUGUUGAUGGUUAUUGUACGAUUACGGGGCGGUUCAAGGAUAUCAUCAUUCGCGGUAUGUUGUCACAUUGUUGGCUGGGGAUGAAGACUGACGAAACAGGCGGCGAGAACAUCUAUCCCCUCGAGAUUGAAGAACGACUAGUCGCGCAUCCGUCGAUUGCGCGUGCCAUCGUUGUGGGCGUAUCGCAUCCGCGCUACGUCGAGGUUCCUGUUGCAUUCCUAGCACAUGAGUCCGGUACUGGAAAGCCCGACUUGGCUGAGGUGCAGAAAUGGGUGAGAAUGGUGCUAGGCCGGCAUAAAGCACCCGUGCAUAUAUUUUGGCUAGGCGAAGACUGCGAUGCAGAGGUACCGCUGACCGGGAGCGGGAAGAUCAAAAAGUUCGUGCUAAGAGAUGUUGCGGAGAAGUUGUUGGGGCAGAGGUGA